AUGGCUUCCAGAUCAGAGGAGGAUCUCUGCUGUCCGGUCUGUCAGGAGGUCUUCAGAGAUCCUGUUCUUCUGUCAUGUAGCCACAGCUUCUGUAAAGUCUGUCUGAAGAACUGGUGGAGACAGAAUCCAUUACACCAGUGUCCAGUUUGUAAGAGAAGAUCUUCAAGAGAUGAUCCACCUUUAAACUUGGUGCUGAGGAACCUGUGUGAGUCCUUCUUACAGGAGAGAGAUCAGAGAUCUCCAGAGGCUCUCUGCAGUCUGCACUCUGAGAAACUAAGACUCUUCUGUCUGGACCAUCAGCAGCCAGUGUGUCUCGUCUGCAGAGAUUCAGAAAAACACUCCAACCACAGAUUCAGACCCAUCGAUGAAGCUGCACCAGAUCUAAAGAAGAACCUUCAGGUAACUCUGGAGCCCUUAAAGGAGAAGUUAAAGGUUUAUGAAGAAGUUAAAGUGAAGUUUGAUGAAACAGAAAAACACAUCAAGGUCCAGGCCCGACACACAGAGAAGCAGAUUAAGGAGCAGUUCAAGAAGCUUCACCAUUUUCUAGCAGAGGAAGAGGAGGCCAGGAUGGCUGCACUGAGGGAGGAAGAGGAGCAGAAGAGUCAGAUGAUGAAGGAGAAGAUGGAGGCUCUGAGCAGAGAGAUAGCAGCUCUUUCAGACACAGUCAGAGCCACAGAGGAGGAGCUGAGAGCUGAAGACGUCUCAUUCCUCAACAACUACAAGGCUGCAGUGGAAAGAGUCCAGUGCUGCCCCCUACUGGAUGAUCCACAGCUGCCCUCAGGAGCUCUGAUAGACCAGGCCAAACAUCUGGGCAACCUGGCCUUCAACAUCUGGAACAACAUGAAGGACCUGGUCUCCUACACUUCUGUCACUCUGGAUCCAAACACUGCUCAUCCAACACUGAUCCUGUCUGAAGAUCUGACCAGUGUGAGACGAGGAGAUAAACAACAACUUCCUGAUAAUCCAGAGAGGUUUGAUUCUAACUGUUCUGUCCUGGGCUCUGAGAGCUUUAACUCAGGGACUCACAGCUGGGAUGUUAAGGUUGGAGAUAACACAAGGUGGUUUCUGGGUGUGUCAGCAGAGUCUGGCCAGAGGAAGAGACGCAUACGAUCUGGAUUGUGGGUAUUAAGGUUCAUUGGAGGUAAAUACUCAACAUGGUCACCAUCAGAUCCUCCCACUGUUCUCCCAGUAAAGGAGAAGUUCCAGAGGAUCAGAGUGAAUCUGGACUGGAACAGAGGAAAUCUGUCCUUCUCUGAUCUUGAUACUAACACACACAUACACACCUUCACACACACUUUCACUGAGAGGAUGUUUCCAUUCAUUGACACUGUGUAUAACUUCCCAGUGAAGAUUUUACCAGUGAAUCAGAUCAGUUAGAGAUAAACUGGAUGAUUAUAAAUGUUUAUUGGGCUGUAACAACUAAUCAGUAUCAGUGAUCAUAUAAAUGAGUCAGAAUGUCACUGGAACCAAUGAAAAGACAUUGAAUAUCUGGUGGUGGAAGUAGAUCAUUGUGUUUAGAGGUAAAAACCAUUUUAUAUUUAAGUCACACAUGUUGAAGCUGGAGAUGAUGAGUUUCUCUACAAAAGGACCUGAAGCAUCAGUUGAUGAGAGGAAACCACCAACAUCUCACAACUCAACUGGUUCUGAUCUGAA